CAGGUUUCCUGUUCAGAGGGAUGACCAGAUGUCAGUGAAGAGGGGUUUCUACAGGAAGUGUAAAUUCCCAAACAUUGUAGGUGCUGUUGAUGGUACUUUAGUACCGAUUCUGGCCCCAACAGCAGAUGAAGAGUCAUUCGUAUGCCGUAAGGGGUUUCAUGCCAUCAAUUGCCAAGCAGUGGCUUCCUCAGACUUGAGAUUCAUUGACAUAGUGGCAAAGUGGCCUGGUUCCUCACAUGAUGCUGGUGUUUUUGACAAUUCGGUGUUAAAGGACUAUCUAGAAGCAGACUUGGAGGCUGUACUUCUAGGCGACAGUGGGUACCCGCUGAGGCGUUAUUUAAUUACUCCUAUUCUGCACCCAUCAAAUGAGAAUGAGGAGAGGUACAACAGACGCCACAAGACUGCAAGAGAAGUUGUUGAGAGGGCUUUUGGUGUUUUGAAGUCAAGAUUUAGAUGCCUACACAGAUCGGGGGGUGUGCUGCCAUUUUCACCAGGAAAGAGCUGUCGGGUUUUUUUAGCCUGCUGUAAACUACACAAUCUGUGUAUUGACAACAAUAUGCCACUUCCUGAUGCUAUUGUUUGUGCAGAUGACCAGGGCAUUCAACAAAAUCAGGAGGCCACAAGACCCGGACUAACCACAAGGGCACAGUACAUUCAGCUGCCAUAGCUUUACAAGAUAGUGUGAACAUUCCUUUCAAUUUUGUCUAUCAUCCAUAAACAAUCUUCUCAUUAUAAGACUGCAUAAGUUUUCAUAUGCAAAUAGAUCACAUCAAGGAUAAGAACAGUGCACAAGAACCAUUCACAUGUUUGCAUAAUUUUUAAUUUAUCGGCCUUUCUUUUUUUAUUCAUACUUAUUUCUUGUCUGGAGCAGAACUUUUUUAUGCAUUGACUGGAAUUUUCCUACACAGAUGGGGAAGUGGUGGACUGCACAAUAACCAUUACUCUGGCUGGCGUAUUUUUAAUCUAUAGAUAUUAAUUGUUGAUAUUAAUUGUUGGCUUUUUAUAUUACAAAGUCCAUAAUUUUUUUGCAGUAUAAUACAUUUUAAAAACAUCAUAUCCAGAAAGAUGUCAUGGUGUAGUCCACAAGAACCAUAACUCUGGCUGCAAUAUUUGUUGUUGUUUUUUAGAAGUGCACAAUGCACAAGAACUGUUUCUCUUGACAAAGUUAGAUAUUUGACAGUAAAUUUUGAGGCCUUUGAUUAUUCUAUUAAAAGCUGCACUCUCAUUGUUAGGUUGUGUUUAUUAUAUAGAAAUUUAAAUGAUCAUCAAACUAUCUUUUUGUGCCUGCUGUGCCUUGUUCUCUUGCAUUAAUGUGUCCUUAUUUUUCUAAUUUUUCAUCCUUGAACGAGCCAAUCUUUGCAAAUAUCCAUGGAAACCAGUUAUUUACGACUGCUGACAAAAUUAAAUUGCAGGUUUUUAUAUUUAAGUUAAUUUUUUAAUGUUUUAUGCAUUUUUCUUAAACCGUUAGUAAACGGUUUAAACCAUAAAACAUUAAUUUUCGAACGGAAAUAUGAAAAUCUACAAUCUGAUCUUUUGUCACCAAUCUUAUAUCAUUGGAUUGCAAAUAUUUACGCAAAAAUGUACUCUUUCCAAGACAAAAAAUGAAAAAAGUUGUAAAAAUGGUUAUUCUGUGAGAGUGUAGCUUUAACUGCCAUAAAGUAUUGAACAUUAUGGAAAUACUUUUAUAAUAAAACAUGUUUAUAAA